CCCCCCGUCACUUCGUGCGUUAGGAGGCUCGGGUCGUUGUGCUGUGCCGUGUUCCCGCCUGCGCCAGGGACCUGCCCGACUCAGUGGCCGCCAUGGCAUCAGAUGAAGGCAAGCUUUUCGUCGGAGGGCUGAGUUUUGACACCAACGAGCAGUCACUGGAGCAGGUCUUCUCAAAAUAUGGACAGAUCUCAGAAGUGGUGGUCGUGAAGGACAGGGAGACCCAGCGAUCGAGGGGCUUUGGGUUUGUCACCUUUGAGAACAUCGACGAUGCCAAGGACGCCAUGAUGGCCAUGAACGGGAAGUCUGUGGAUGGGCGGCAGAUCCGGGUCGACCAGGCUGGCAAAUCGUCUGAUAACCGAUCCCGCGGGUACCGAGGUGGCUCUGCCGGGGGCCGGGGCUUCUUCCGCGGGGGCCGAGGCCGGGGCCGUGGGUUCUCCAGAGGAGGAGGGGACCGCGGCUACGGGGGGAGCCGGUUCGAUUCCAGGAGUGGGGGCUAUGGAGGCUCCAGAGACUACUACAGCAGCCGGAGUCAGAGUGGCAGCUGCGGUGACCGGAGCUCGGGCGGGUCCUACAGAGACAGCUAUGACAGUUACGCUACACACAACGAGUAAAAAUCCUUCCUGCUCGAGAUCGUCCUUCCAAUGGCCGUAUAUUUAAAGAUUUUGGGAGCUCCGCUGAAUCGUUAAUGUGUAGUGAUCACACCUCCUUGUACCCACUUUUGUAGUCUUAUUGGUUCUGAUCUUGUCAAACACAGCCUGACUGCUUCUGGCCCCCAGAUGGCCUCGUUAUUACACUUUGCUUUUUAAGGAAGUGCUGUCAGUUUUUAAGAGUCUUAAAAACGUUUUGAAGAGCACUUCCAGUUUUACUUUCACCUUUUUACCGUGAGCCAAGAGUUUUUUUUUUUUAGAAAAUCACCAGGGGUUGUGAGAGUUUUGUUUUUUUUUGUUUUCGGUUGUGUUGCUUUUUUUCUUUUUCAUUUCAGUGGGGUCGGCCCCAUGAAGUUGGGUGCCCCGAGUCACUUCUCUUUGAGAUUGAACAGACUCUGAAUCUGCUCUUUGUCGGAAGCUGAGCAAGUUGUAGCUUUUUUCCAACUCGGUGUCACGUUUCUGAGUGUAGCGUGGUAGAACCGUGCGGGCGGCAGCAGAGCACCCGGGCUGCCCUGGCCCGGCCCGGGCCCCCACCUGUCCUGUGGGACCCACAGUAGACUUGCAGACAUCCCCGAGAGGUUCUUGAAAAUGUGUAUUUAUAUUGUCCUUUUUUGCCGGAAGACGUACGCAUAUCCCGUCAAUGUUGUAUCUGAAGUGGUGAAGGAGUUCUUGUACGCAGUUUUCUUUGGCUUCACGAAGCCGAUUAAAAGACCAUCUGAAUGAA